CUAUGCAUCUGCUGGGCGCCACAAGCGUGUUGGGCCAUGGAAGCAUUUUGCUGUCAAAAUAGAGUCAGCAGCUUGACCAACGCAUUUCUAACGAUUAGAAGCAUACGGAAGAAUGCAAUUGACAGGGUCGAGGUUACAGUGUGCUCGCGGGUGACGGGACGGGACGGAACGAGCUACCCCGCUCACCAAAGGUCACCUUCGCUCUACAAAGAUCUUCAAUCUUCGACAUGA